GUCAUAGUGUAUAUUCAUUUCAUGGUUAUGACAAGAUAAAGUCAUAAAUAUAUUUUUAUAACUAAAUUCAAAUAUUUUAUUUUAAGAUGACUAUUUCAUGAGAAAUAAACCGAAGUCUUGCACAAAACCAACAGACAAUCUUCGUUUAUCCCGAAUGGUAAUUACAUUACAUUUUAAACUAAAAGUGUCUAGAUGUUUAAUGUGCACUUUUAAGGAUUAUUUAUUUUUCAAAAUUGAUGAUGCGUUGGUUGUAAUAAGUUUAUGGCACAGAAAGCAGGAUGGCAUUAUCAUUCAUUUAAAAGUUUGCUGUGUUAACAUUACUGAAAUUCUAAUUUUGAAAAUAAAUAUUUUAAAUAUUCUUUUAUACAUCUUUCUGUUAUAAUUGUUUUUAAUUUUCUUAGAAAAAUGGAUUGUAUAGAAAUGGAAUAAAUAUUUUAAAAGGAGCACAUCAAUCUUGAAAUUCUAAUUUGGCGAGGUGCGGCCAGACCAGGUUUGCAAUUAGAAAAAAUGUCAAAGCCCCUAUGAUGUAAUCACAAUAGAAGAACAAAGUAUGUGGAAACAUGAAAUAUAAAAAUAGGACAAUAAAAGAAGAUUGUUUCAGCAAGGAGGCUGUCCUGUCUUUCUAUUUUAAGCUUCCUCAUACCGUGUUUUUCUAUUUCUUUUUCACAGCUAGAACGCCGUCCUUUAUUUAUAAAGUGUAAUCACAUAUGAUUUGAUGCUGUGAAUAUCCGUUUAUAAUGCUUUUUAUGUUAUGUUUAAACAUUUUUAGUUAAAAGAAUAAAUACGUUUUUUUAAGCUAUCGAAAAAUGUCCCUCUCCAAUCUUUGAACUAGUUCUGCACUAUGGCCUUAAGAUAUCUUAUGUCUUAAGAUUUCCAAGAUUUGUUUAACAUAUUAGUGUUUAUAGGUUAAAACCUUUUUCCCAACACAUAUUUUUCCUUUUUUAAAAUUUUCCCUUUUUUAACAUGUUUUGCUAAGCUUACAUAAUUAAAUCUAAACUAACCAACUCUUAACAGGGAGACGAGUACCUUAUAAAGGAACUUGUAGACAGAAAAUUCACAAAGGAACUGGUUCAGCAAGUAAAUAAUGGGGCUCUGGAUUACUUGCUGCCUUUUCUACACAUCAACACAGAAACACAAACAAUUGUAAGUCAAUCUUAAGUAUUUUAUAGAACAUACAUUUUAUAGAACAUACAAGUAUUAAAAAAAUGACAGCUAGUGGUUUGUUGGAGCUUAUAAUAAAAUAUAUAAACACUUAUUCUAUAAGGGAAGACCUUCUAGAUUUCUUGGAGCUAAUCUAUCGAUUCCUCUGAAGCUGAAGUGUCCUGUUAGCAUUAAUGUCACGUAUCCCCAAUAUCAGAAGUUCUUUACUUAUCCAAAAGAUUGUGGAUCUUUUAUAUUUAUUGUUGAACUUAUUUGUUACUUUUUGUAUUUGUAGUUGAUCAAUAUCUUUAUUAUUUCACCAUCUUUAUUUCUUAUUUCAAAUAUAUUUAGCUAAUAGUUUGUUCAUAAUAUUAAUAAAUUAUUCAAUUGUAUGUGUUCAGGAGAUUCAAUUGCCCUAUGCCAAAAUAAUAUGUCUGCUGGAUUUGGUUUCACAAAAGCCAAAUUGUAAAAUACAGAGCCUGAUUCACAAACUAGCUUUGAUGGUUGAUAGAAUUCAUAAGUCAGGGUUUGUUCUGGGAGAUAUCAGAGCAUCCUUAAUCUUUGUGAACAGUGAGUCUGAAGAUGAAAUGAAGGUAAUUAUUGUCUGCAUUAUUCUUAAAAAUUAAUUGAAUGAGCAGGUUUAUAGCUAAUCACUAGUGAUAUGUUAUCUGCACUAUGGCCCUAAGAUAUGUUAACUACAUUAUGGCCUUAAUAUAUGUUUGCUACACAAUAGCCUUAAUAUAAGUUUACUUCACUGUCCCUAUGGCCCUAGAAUAUUUUAACUACAUUAUGGCAUUAAUAUAUGUUUACUACACAAUAGCCUUAAUAUAAGUUUACUACACUAUGACUAUGGCCUUAAGAUAUGUUAACUACACUAUGGUCUUAAGAUAUGUUAACUACACCAUGGCCUUACGAUAUGUUAACUACAUCAUGGCCUUAAGAUAUAUUAACUACACUAUGGUCUUAAGAUAUAAUUAUUAAACUAUUAACUGAAGAUAUGUUAACAAAACUAUGACCUUAAGAUAUGUUAACAAAACCAUGACCUUAAGAUAUGUUAACUAAACUACGGCCUUAAGAUAUAUUAACUACUUUAUGGCCUUAAGAUAUCUUAACAAUACUUUGACCUUAAGAGAUGCUAACUUGAUUAUAACACUAUGGCCUUAAGAUAUCUUAACUACACUAUGAACUUAAGAUAUGUAAACUACACUAUGGCCUUAAGAUAUCUUAACUACACUAUGAACUUAAGAUAUGUAAACUACACUAUGGCCUUAAGAUAUCUUAACUACACUAUGAACUUAAGAUAUGUAAACUACACUAUGAACUUAAGAUAUGUAAACUACACUAUGAACUUAAGAUAUGUUAGCUAUAAUAUGGCCUUAAACCAGUGACAUAAACAAUAGUGCUCAUGUGUAACUGUGUUCUUAAAGCGAAGAGUUUCUUAAAAUUAUUUUUAAAAGUCGUUUCCUUAGCUUAAUUUUUUCAUUUAUUCUCCAUUGACCACGAAUUAUGAAUCUGUUUCUUCACUUUAGUUAAAAAUACUACUGUUCCUUUUUCACGGAGAUAGAGAGAGAGAAAAAAAAAGAGAGAGAGACAGACAGACAGAAAGAGAGAGACACAGAGAGAGAGACAGGGAGGAAGAGAGAGAGACAGACAGACAGAUAAAGAGACAGCAAGAGAUAGAAAGAGACACAGAAACAAAGAGAGAGAUAGAGAGAGACAGUCAGAGAGAGAGAAAGAGAGAGAGAAAGAGAAAUAGUGAGGGUGUGAGAUGGAGACGGAGAAAGAUGAAGAGGGAGUGGGAGAUAAAAUGAAGAAAGAAAAGAGACAAAUUAUGAAUUAUUUAUUUUUGGUCAGAUUUGUGUACUAAUUAUAAUGCUUUUAAUUUACUUUAUCUUUCAGUUUCACCCCGUGUCUUUGGCUUUCAUAAAUUAUGUGGUGGAUAAAAGGAGACCAGUUGAAUUUAGUAAACCAAAAGAUCCUGUAACACUUGCACGGUAAGUAAUUUAAACAGCGCGACUUUUGACAAUCUAUGUUAACUGUUACAACCGGCAGCCUACUUAUGUUUAUUUGGAUCGUUCAGGCAGCUUUUGGUUUUAGACUGCACUAAAUAUUGGUUUAUAAUUGCUUUACAAUGUUUUAGUCAUGCAAAUUAGUAUAAUUUUCAAAUGAUUUCAGAGCAGUUAGAGUCUAAAUUUAUUUUCACCUGUUGGAUUUUUAUUUUAAGAUUUAAAUUAAAUUACAUCUAAUUUGAAAAAAUAUGAAUAGCAAAUUAUUAUAUUCAUUUACAAAGACAAUUCAAAAACAAAAAUUAUUUACUUGUACAGGGCGGCUCCGGAGGUGAUAGAAUAUGGUCAUUAUUCUUUUGCAAGUGAUGUGUACAAUUUUGCUGUUUUGAUCCAUGAACUAUAUGACACACCAAUUAAAGCUGAUGCCAUGCAUUAUGUUAACGAUCGGCUUGCAAAGUUGAUAGUAAGUAAAAAUCAUUUAAUUUAAUGUUUGAUCUCUUUGAUCAAGAAUUUUAAAGCAAGGUCUGGGCGCAGCUCAAAUUGUCUUUCAUGUCAAAAUAUAUACGUUAUUCACACAAUUAUUGCCAACUGUAAAGUCAUGAAGCUGAGAGUAAGACUGACUACCUCCUAGAUGUAUAGUAAAGGACUUAAAUUAGAAAUUAUAAACAAGAAAUGGGUCAAAAAGCAAAAAGGACAUAUAUUUUAUUAAUAUUAAUGGUUGCCAGGUUUUCAGGAAAGCUAUAAUAUAUCACUAAUUUAGACAGAUGUUAAGGAUAUCUAUAGUACAUCACUAGCCUAACCAAGUUUUGAUGCACUGGAGAUCGAAAAUAUUAUUUUUAAAACGAAGUGGCUAUUCGGACCCGGGGCCGCGAACUGAGAGGUUGGGAUUAAUAUUUAAAAUAAAACAUUAUUGUUAGGUUGUAAGAAUAAAUUUGGCAUAAAUUGAAAGAUAAUUGAAUGGACUAUAUGUUUGUAAACUCACUUCUUCAGCUUAAAUAAAACAAACUACCACAAAUGACAUCCGAAUAGGUUGAGUCUAAUGGGACCCGGGUCCGAAUAGCGGCGAUGCGUUUCCGGUUCCAUUUUGACUAAAUUCUAUUCGGAUGCCAUUUGUGGUAUUUCAUUUGAGUUAAUCUGAAGAAGUAACAACUGUACAAACAUAUAGGCCAUAAAUUAUCUUUAAUUUGAUACCAACAUUUGUCAUGCAAACCCUACAAUAAUUUUUAAAUAUUUAAAAAAAAUAAAAAAACUCAAAACGGGUCCGAAUAGCUGCAUCCAAUACCAAAAUUCUAAGUUCAACAAAUAAAAUUGAUUUUGAUUUUAUCGUUUAAUUUUUGUUCUUGAAAUACAAAAUCAAAUAUUGAUAAAAUAUGCAUAUAUUUAAAACAAAAAUGUGGCUGCGUUUUUUAUCAAGGAGGAGAAAUAGUGGGAGAAAAUGUUUGAUCAAUUCAAAAUGCAUGGAUGCAUUUUGGGGCUUGUUACUUUAAGAAAUGACGUCAGUGGGCCGUUUAGCUGGCGCUCUUUAUGCCCUCCCCAAAACACCCCUCCCCAAACCGGUAUCAGGCCGCGGAGCGGCACGUCGGGGAUGUCCUUUUGCCUGGACAGCCCCCCCCCCCCCCCCCCCCCCCCCCCCCCCAAACCGAGUCCGCUCGACCGAGUUCCGCUGGAGGCCACCCUAACCCAAAGACACCUGGUUGGUCCGACACAGUGUUUGCACACGAUUGAUUUUCUCAGGAUUUGAGAUGGUAAAUGUACGUCCUAAGUCCUAAUAUCUUCCCCCACCCAUCCCGGGGAAGCGUUGGACGCCCUAUAAGAGGGAUUCUACAGUGGGUUUUCACCACGCAACUAUUUUGCGAAGGAGCUGGCACGAAACUGUUACCUUGUAACAGCUUCUGAAGGCUGGAUUUUGGGGCAUAAAAAGUUAAAUUAUUCAUAAUUCUAUACUUAAACUGAGAGUAACCAAAAAGCUCUGAAGGUGAGUCUGCCAAGUCAGCUUGCACGGUCGAUAGCAAGUAUCGCUAAUAAAACAAGUUUAAUGUCCAUGGAGUUAAUUGAAGCUUCAAGAAAGUCUUGAAGUGCUUUUUUCUGCCAACCAGCUGACCGCUUCCCACUGGAGAUUUCCAAGCAACAGUCGUCUUGGCAUAUUGCUGUCAGGCACUGUUGCGACAUGCCCUGUCAUCUAGCUUUUCUCUUUAGUAGGAGCCUAUAGAUGCUGAUAUAAUUGUCCCAAUGAAACGUAGGAAAUUGUUAACUAUCUAUCCACUCUGCUGUUCAAUGUCCACGUCUCACUAACAUAUUAUAAUGGAGAUGUAAAGACGAUGUCCCUAUGUACAUAACAUCAGCUUAGUGACAAGAAAUGGCACUAAAUACCUUCAGGGAGAGCAGCUAUCAAGAAAGAGGCUAAAUCUCAUGAAGCUAAUAGGAUAACCACAGCUGAAACACGCAUGAUGCCUGAAAGAGCAACUUUAGGUCACCGGCAUGCCAGCGGUGCCAGAUAUUUUUCCGAGCACGGAUCGAUCUAGCAGGCCACCUGAGAGCUCACCGUAACCCACCCUCCCCUUAACCGGAUGACUCGAUGGUCCUAGUCAACUUCGACGGACGAACAACAAUAACAGUGACAAGAAUGAGACCCCUUCGCUCCUACACACUCCCGCACAGCGUUCCAACUGCAACAUAAUGCUUUGAAAAUUUGGUUAUUGAUAUCAUCUAUUGUUGCUGAACUGUUCCUAUAGUCGAUAUGUCAACAACAACACUUUUAAUGAUCACAGUAUUUGCAAGACGCAAGAAUAUUCAUAUUUAAUUCUUUCACUUCAAAUAACUAAGUUUGAAUAUUACCUACUGUUGUGGGCACUUCUAUCUUUUGAUACAUUUUGAUUAUUGUCUUGAUUAGUAGUAAUAGUAACGAUUAAUGUUUGGAGAUAUAUUAUUAUUAAGGUGGUCUUAUAUAGCGCAGUACCCCAGCCCAGGACUAGACUCACCGCGCUUCACAUGCAAAUGAGAAGUUACAGGAAAUUAAACAUUUAAAAAUAGCAAUUUGUAAAAAGCUUGACCUUACCCACCCAAGAACUAUCUACUCCUGUCUAGCCAUGGACGGCAUCCCGCUGCUUCGAGCGUUGUUUAUUUGUCGGGGGGGGGGGCGGUGACAAUGUGUCGAUACAGUAGAGUUUGAAGAGAUGGGUCUUGGUGGCAUUUUUGAAGGCUGGAUCAUCCGUACAUUGCGGAUGUGCAAUGGUUUUUUGCGCACUGAACGGGAAAGAUCGUUCACCGUAUUUUUAUGGGACAUGAAAAACUUGGUUUCUGACAAAGGAAGUCCCUGACAUAUUUGGGACAUGAAAAACUUGGUUUCUGACAAAGGAAGUCCCUGACAUAUUUGGGACAUGAAAAACUUGGUUUCUGACAAAGGAAAUCCCUGACAUAUUUGGGACAUGAAAAACUUGGUUUCUGACAAAGGAAGUCCCUGACAUAUUUGAGACAUGAAAAACUUGGUCUCUGACAAAGGAAGUCCCUGACAUAUUUGGGACAUGAAAAACUUGGUUUCUGACAAAGUAAGUUCUUGAAAUAUUUGGGACAUGAAAAACUUGGUCUCUGACAAAGUAAGUUCUUGAAAUAUUUGGGACAUGAAAAACUUGGUUUCUGACAAAGGAAGUUCUUGAAAUAUUUGGGACAUGAAAAAUUUGGUCUCUGACAAAGGAAGUCCCUGACAUAUUUGGGACAUGAAAAACUUGGUCUCUGACAAAGGAAGUCCCUGACAUAUUUGGGACAUGAAAAACUUGGUCUCUGACAAAGGAAGUCCCUGACAUAUUUGGGACAUGAAAAACUUGGUUUCUGACAAAGUAAGUUCUUGAAAUAUUUGGGACAUGAAAAACUUGGUCUCUGACAAAGGAAGUUCUUGAAAUAUUUGGGACAUGAAAAACUUGGUUUCUGACAAAGGAAGUCCCUGACAUAUUUGGGACAUGAAAAACUUGGUUUCUGACAAAGGAAGUCCCUGACAUAUUUGGGACAUGAAAAACUUGGUUUCUGACAAAGUAAGUCCCUGACAUAUUUGGGACAUGAAAAACUUGGUCUCUGACAAACUUGAUCAUCAAAUGUUGUAAAAAGAUUUGUUUAUUUUUACUUUGGUUAGGACAGAUUAAACAAAAUAUUGGCUAACAUAGUGAGGUAAUAUAAACAAUACAUUUAAUCGGCAUCCUUCCGUCUCGUGAGACGAUGGUGCAUCACCGUUGGGUUUUGUUGCAUUUUCUCGAGUGGCUGUGCAGUCCUAUCCUUGAGUGACUGUCUUUACCACAGUUUUUACACACGAGUUCCGUGCUUCUAAAUGUUUUGGCCUUUCUCCUAGCUCUUCUGUCUGCAGCCUUUUCCAUUCUUCGCUCCUCGGCUACCACGACGCCCUCUUUGACAACUCUGCGCCUUGUAGAUCGGUCUUUUGCCUAACACUUCCAGUCACUUGUAUGUAUUUUGGCUGCUUUCAUGUCCCUUUGACAGACAUCUUUAAAUCGCAGACGUGGGCGACCUGUUUUCCUCUUUCCCGAAGCAAGUUCACCAUAUAGGAGGUCUUUUGGAAUGCGGCCGGGACUCAUUCUUUUAACAUGACCUAGGCAUCUCAGGCGUCUUUCACUAAGGAUUGUGAACAUGCUUUGGGUAUUCGCACGCAUUAGGACCUCACUAUUAGUCACAUUUUCUUGCCAUUUAAUACCAAGGAUGCGACGCAGGUAUCUCAUAUGGAAGCUAUUAAGCUUGCGCUCUUGGGAUGUAUAGGUGGUCCAUGUCUCGCUCCCGUAUAGUAGUGUACUGAUGACACAAGAUCGAUAGACGCGCAGUUUGGUUUUCUCCGUUAGCUUGGUGUUUUGCCAGACCCGUUUAUUUAGUUUAGCCAUUGUGGCAGCUGCCUUGCCGAUUCUGCUGUUAAUUUCUUCUUUAAUGGACAGUGUAUUGGAGACCUUGGACCCCAAGUAGGUGAAGCUGUCCACAACCUCCAAGUUUUCAUUAUCGAUUUUUAUGUUAGGUGGAGUUCGAGUGUCUUGGGCCAUGAUGUUUGUCUUUUUCAAGCUGAUUUGCAGACCAAAUUCUUUACAGGCAUUGGAGAAGCUUGACACGAGUUGUUGCAAACCAGUUUCUGUGUGUGCGGUUAGUGCCACAUCAUCCGCAAAUAGUAGUUCGCGAAUUAGGAUAUCUGUCGUUUUGGUCUUGGCUCGGAGGCGGGCAGUGUUGAAAAGUCCUCCAUCAGCUCUGGUGUGUAACAAGAUUCCCUCACUGCUAUCCUUGAAUGCGUAUUUAAGUAGUACAGAGAAGAAUAUUGCGAACAGUGUUGGUGUGAGUACACAACCUUGUUUAACUCCGCUUUUGACAGGAAAGGCUUCUGACUUGGCUCCAUCGAACUGCACUGUGCCCUGCAUAUGUUCAUGGAACUCUCUGAUGAUGGCAAGUAGGUGAGGGGGACAGCCGAUUUUUGCCAGUAUUUUGAAUUGCCCGUUGCGACUGACGUAAUCAAAGGCUUUUGUAAGGUCCACAAAGGCAAUGUACAGUGGCAUCUGCUGCUCUCUACAUUUUUCCUGGAGCUGUCGUAUUUUUUUUUUUACCCAUUCAUAUACUAUUUAAUAUCACCAAGUGAUGGAUGUUGACACUUAUAUCCUCAAAAAUUGAUUGUUGUCUUGCAUUUACACUUAAGUUUUUAAAAUAAUAACCAUACUAUCUUGGAGAUAUCUCAGGUAUUUAUAUCAAUUGUUUUUGCAGGUAUAAAUAUAAAUCAAAAGGAUGUGUUGAAAAUUGAUUAUGACCAUUGUUAAACAUCGGAUUGGUUUGUGUAAUCUAUCCGCCCGUGGGUGCGCAGGUGGCUGAUCAGGCCAAUUCUUUUGACCCAGACACAGUAUAGCCAAAUACUACUCACCCACUGAUCAUAGUAUAAAUUGGGAAACUUUGUGAAAGUUUGUGGCUACAUUUUUGUUGAUCAUUUUUUGAACGCUAAGUGCCCUUUGAAAAAUCUAGUAUUUUAAUUUAAACCAAGACAUUAAGCAGUUUUGUCUUCCUUCACCAAUCACGUCUUGAUCUGAACUUAGUUGAUGUUCAUCGCAAAUAAGUCAGAUAACUUUCUUGCGUAGUUAAGCUUUCUAAAUCAAUCCUUCAAAAAGUUAAACAAGAAAAACUCAACGUUGAAAAAGUCAGUCUAUCAUUAGCAUGAAGCUGUUAAUAGCGUUGGUUCCGAUUCUUGGCUCUCCAGAUGACCCAAGAAAACUUUUUUGAUUAAUCUUUUGUUUGAUAGAUUAAGAACACAAGUGCUUGAUUUCUGUAUAGAAUCAACUUUACUGGACGGUGGAAAGACAGCUCCGUCUGUCUUCAAACUGUCUCUUAACUUAAAUCACUCUGAGCUUCAGAGUCUGAUACUACGUUAUCCAAAAUAUCGAAACAGUUUAAUACAAAUCAGGUACUUCGGGAGUACAAGAUGAUGUUCUAGAACGAGACCACCAUGGCUCACAAUGGGUGAAUUGAAACACUGAACAAAAUUCUUCAGUUGAAGUGGAGAACUAAAUGCGUUAUACAUGAGAUAAAUAAUGCUACUGGCCGGUAACUUUAGGAGAGAAACACACGCCCGUUCUGUGAGCACGUGCUAAUGGUGUAAAUCCUAUCCUAAGUCACCCCACCUGUGGCCAAAUCUGUCCGAUUCUUGAGAGUAAACAUGAUGGUCCUCUUUGUUUCUUUUCCAAAUAGGGCGUGUAAAUUUUCAGUACGAUGUGGGGAAGGUAUACAUUUCCGUAAAAUCUCUGUGUCUGUUGCUUGGAUACUUUUAUCUAAAUUCUAUGGUUUUAAUGGAUACAAACGGCUUCAAACUAAAAUCUAUUUCAGAACACUAGUUUCUAAUAGGUCUCAUCCAUCAUAUCGACUCACCAGCUGUACUUAAGAUUUCCAAACACACACGCCUUCUUCUUUCACAACACAUUAAACGUUUCAUAAAGAUUCAGAACUGUCUCUCAACACCGUUGGGAAGUAUGCGUAUUCAGCUAGUAAAAGACUAAACGCUUAAAUUAAGACGUGUUCAUCUUUUUGUACAGUCAUCAUACAAUCUAGUCACAACCCCCAUCUCUUACACAACUUACAACACUUACACAACUUACACAAUUUACAAUGCUUACACAUCCCCAAAGACUUACACAAGCCUUUAACAUUUACCCCCGUAAGAAAGCACUGGUACUUAAAUCAUUAGUGAAAAAACAUCAUCUCCAUGUCUUUAACAGGAGGGCGAAAUCAAGAUAAAAGAACUGAAAAAGCCGACUGCAAUGUCUGGGAAACUUUUUCAACUCACGAGGAGAUGCUUAGACCCGGAUCCUUCUGAAAGACCUCAAGUGGUGGAUCUGCUUAAGUAUGGACUAUUUUAACAAUACCUUCUCUUACUAUCUAUUUGAUUAAAUACCAUUCAUUUAUUUGAUAAUCAAUAUGUCCUUAACAUAAAAAAAUAAUUUGAACGGAUUGAUAGAGAAAUGUGACAGCUUUAUUGGUAUAAGAUAGAACUGACUGAGAUUUUUGACACAUAUAUGUGUGUGUAAGAUAGGGCUGAUGACAUUUGGCAGCUCCACUGGUAUAAGAUAGGACAGAUAGGGAUGCUUGUCAGCUCCAUGUGUGUAAGAAAGGUCUGAAGUGCAUAUUUGACAGCUCCAUGGGUGUAAACUUCUGUGGAUUGUGUUAAGCAUAUAAAUGGACAGUAACAGAUGUAGUUUGUAGACUAUGGUUAUUUUAGAUGUCUAUGCGGUGUAUAUGUUGUGUUUUGUUCAUAGAGGAAGACUUGUGUAUAUGAUAUUCAUUGUUGAAUGGGUGUGGCAGCCGUUAAGGUUAGGCAGAUGUGGUAAGUGAGAGAUGUAUUUGAUGUAGCAAUAAGAGUUCGACGGGGAGGGUUGAAAUGAUUUAGAUGGUAAAAUACUGGAUGGAGAUGUAGAACGGAUAUGUUUGUGUGGACUAAACACAUUGAAAAAAUGUAACUCGUAGACAAUUAAUUAAAAACGAGACUACAUAUUAUCUACCAAUAAAUGGUUUUGUAACAUGUAAAUCUGUUCUUUUAGAUAGAAAGGAUGAAAAUAGAAGACGUAAGAUCGUACUUUAUUUACUAUAGGACAGUGGGUUUAGUGGAGUGUUGCAGAACGACAGAAAAGGAAAAUAAGUAAAUUAGAAGGAUGGAGAAACUAGAGAGCUGGUUUGACUUUGGGGAAGUGAGUGCUGGGAGGUUGGAUUGAGUAGUGUUUGAAUCUGCUGUGAAUAAGAUGCUUGUUGGGAAUCAAUAAGAAAUAUUUUAUAGAGUGUGGGGCUAUUUUUCAUGCAAAAUUAAUGAAACAUAACAUUAAAGUAAAACAAGAGUUCACAGUUAACGGUACAUUUGAAGAAAUAAGCUUUCCAUCAGGGUAACUUCUUCCAAUAAAUGAAACUUUUGGGUGACAUAAUUACAAAAUCAUCAACUCCCUCCCCCCUCACCCCAGGAAAUUCAAGUGCUGCCCACUUACCUGGUGAAAACUGUGUAGACCAAAUAAACGGCCUUAUAUUUUUGUAAAAAUUUAAAAAAAUGAAUAGUAAUAUUAGCUAAUGGCGCCUUUAACCGAUUACAAUUAGAAGAACCUAAGAAAUAUCGCUAAGCUUGAUAUAUUUGAUGAUCCAUAUAUUUGAUGAUCCAUAUAUUUGAUGAUCCAUAUAUGUGAUGAUCCAUAUAUUUGAUGAUCCAUAUAUUUGAUGAUCCAUAUAUUUGAUGAUCCAUAUAUUUGAUGAUCCAUAUAUUUGAUGAUCCAUAUAUUUGAUGAUCCAUAUAUUUGAUGAUCCAUAUAUUUGAUGAUCCAUAUAUUUGAUGAUCCAUAUAUUUGAUGAUCCAUAUAUUUGAUGAUCCAUAUAUUUGAUGAUCCAUAUAUUUGAUGAUCCAUAUAUUUGAUGAUCCUUAUAUUUGAUUAUCCAUAUAUUUGGUUUUAAUUUAUUUUUUUUUAAAGUUUAUCAAAGAGGCAAUUUACCCGAAGAAAGUUAUAGUAGUUUGAAAUUCCAUCAAUUUCUAUCAAAUGAAUGUUGGGGAAUGUAUACCGUGACUGUAUUUGUAUACAUUUUCCCGCUGAUAAAAUUUAAAAAAAAAUUUAAUAUUAUAAUAUUUUUUUUUUAAAACCUGUCUUCCUAACAAAUUGUGCAAGAUACGUUUUUAAAAAAUACCAGUUUUGAAAACACUUAAAAAUGAAAAUACCUUUCUACUUAACUUUUGUUUCCUUUUGACUGAUGAAACUUUGACAAUCAUCGUUCGACUCAUAGAGCCCACUACCAUUUUUGGUUUAGUUCUCCCCCACGUUCCGUUGAAAGAUGAUAACUAAAAGAUUUUCUACCUCACAUUUUUAAAUAUUUAAGUCCCAAACUAUCUGAGACUCCCUGCAGCCACAAGGGUAGCGUGGUUUGCGCAAUGAUUUUAAAGUUAAAUGACAUCUAAUCUUUUUACUAGCAACUCAUUUUAACUAGUGUAGGAUGUUUAAUUUAAUUCAGGUAUGUGAUAAAAUGAAUUCUUGUGUUUUGAACUUAUUAAAAAACGAUUUGAGCUAUAAAAAAAGAUUUAGUGGGCGAGAAAGAAUUCCUCAUUCAUUGACCAGGUCGUGGAACUCGAAAGGACAGUUGACCUGUCCCAAAAUAGAGAAAGUCUGACCCUAAUAUAAGUUUAUCCGCCAUACGUUGUACCCUCACGUCACUCCAUACAUUUGGCCUUGAACGAUGCGGCAGUGACGAAACUUAUCCCUGAACAUGUUCAGAAAGUGGCUGCCCUUGAGACCAUGGUUGAGUUUUUUCACACAUAAUCGUGAACGUGUUCACGUACGGCUCUGCCAAUCCAAGAGGAAGAACUCCUGGUAACGUUGCGCUUAGACUGUACCCGGAAGGGAGACCUUCGGCAGAAGGCCUCUCGGGACCCUGUGGGACUGCAGUAUCAAAUUUUGAUGCGGAGCUCAUAGCUAUACACAAGACCUUAGGGAGAGAUCAUCAAACAUGCGGGGCUCGAUGUAGUCGUCUACUCGGACUUAAGAUCUGCUCUCAAGAUCUUGGGAAAGGGACAGGGUGCCACCCACUUGGUCAACGUCUUCAUUGAUGGCGUGUCCAAAAUCGGUGAACUAGAGGGCAAGGUGACAAUACAAUGGAUUCCGGGCCACGUCAACGUGAUUGGCAACGAGAGAGUGGACACUCUGGUGAAAACCGGGGCUGCCCAGCCUCAGCCAGAAUUACCAAUAACUUUAUUGGGAAUUAAAAACUGGACACCAUAAUGCUUCUCCCAGACCUUUAAAAUAUUCAUUCUUCCGAGCAAUAACUUAAAUACAGAUGUUAAAUUCAAGUGCGUUAUACGCCAAGAUGCACCUCUUGAUUUUAGAAUAAUCACAGUUAUUUUUUGGAGAGGACUCUCCAGCCCUCACUUUCGCUCUAGAUUCAUUUGGCCCUAGCAUGGGUGGACUAUUCCUAUUUGCCUCAUUUAUAAGGCACUGGCAGGAGCGUGGCUUGAGUCUUAAGUGGUGGAGAAAAAGAUUCAUUUAUAUGCACCUCACCUCUCCUCAACUCUGAAACCCAUUAUUUUAAAUCAUUAAAUCCCAUCAAAGCCCGUUUUGACGCCCCAACUAGAUUGAUGCCCUGGAUGCCUGUCCUUCUGCCAAACCCUUAGCUACGCCUCUGGCCACUGCCACCAUCCCCGAAAAUCUUACUUCCUUCCCCCCCCCCUUUUUUUCAACACUCGUAAAAAUUGAAAGAAAUACUGGGUGUGUGUAGGAGCUACCAAUAAUGUGAAAUAAUUUGGGAUCCACUAUUAUUAUAGCAUUAUAUAAAAUACAAACAUUCAUUUUUUAAAGAAGUUCUUGAAUCAAUUUGUAAUAGAAUAUUUUUUCUCUGCAGUUUCUUUUCCAUAGAUACAGCGGUCUCAAGAAGAAGCCAAUUCAUGGAUGACUCUAGUUCAGACGUUUAUCCUAGAGACAACGAAACCGGAAAUAGUGAAGAAGAAAAUCCAAGACCACAAAGAUCAAGACCUAAUGGCAGGCCUAGAACUCCCACACAACAAGACAAUAAUCUAACCAACAAUUUAUCAUUUAAUUUAAUCAAUCCAUCUCAGACUGACAGUGAUUGCGAGACUGAUUUAUACAAUCAAAACGCUAGUUGUCAAAGAACAAGAUUAUUUAGAAAGAAAGGUUUUUAUUUGAAGUCAAAAGAGACAUCCAUUGCAAAUAGGAAUUCAUAUCCCUCGAGGCCAAGAAGUACUGCCUUGAAAAACCGCAUUAGUGUUGGUACAGAAGGCCACGCAAAUGUGACAGAAAGUGGUGAUAGUGGGGCAGAAGGAUGUGAGGGUGGGGCAGAAGGUUGCACAUUUGUCCCAGCGUAUGAAGACAUGACUGACUCUGACAAAUAUGAUGAUAUUCUUGGUAAUCCAACUCCGACUGUUAGAAAUGUAUUGUUUAGAACAUCUGAGUCAGUAUCAGGAAUCGGAGUUGACCCACGCGUUGCCAGACAAGGUCACUACGACAGUGACAGUUCCCUCGAUGUUGGUCAUAGCGACUACUCAGAGAUCAACGAGGAAAAUCAAACUAUUCCGGAAGAAGAGCAAGAUGUAUAUGAGAUGUAUUAGCGGCAGUUCAAAUUUAUCACUGACAACCGCAACACGGAAAUUUAUUCAAAUCUGUAACUUGGACUUCAAGUCAAUGUCGGAAUUUGAGAAUGAACGUGCAAUAAUUUUGUUCAUAAGAUAAAUAAAUUAUCUAAUUUUAAUUAAAAAUUAUUGGGUAUAACCAUCUUGACAUUUACUAACAAUACUUGGAUGUAAAGUUCUAUAAUGUUGGCCUAUAUAAAUUCAUUUCUACUAAUUCAUUGUUAUUAUAAACAUUUAAAAUUAAUAACAAGAUUUUCCAUUUCUUAAUCUUAUCUAUAAUCUAAAUGAGAACAUCUACUCCAAACAUGACUUUUAAUUUAAUUUCUGACCUGCUCUGAGAUAGCAUGGUAUUUGAUGUUUGAAGACCCUGCCUUUAGUACUUUUAUUUUAAACAUGGGUAAUCCACCUUUAAACGAUUCAAUGAAAUCAGAUUGUUUUGACCAUUUCGAAUUAAAAUAUCCUCAUUGGGACCAAUUUAAGCUUCUAAGCCAAUAUAAGUUUUAUAAACUGUCUUAUGGGGGCGUCCAUUUUUUACGUCAACAAAAUAGGGGGACGGGGUUUGGAAAUGUUUGAAAGGUGUUGACAAGGG